CAGCUCUAUUAACGAAUAUUAGCAUAACAAAAUAAUAGAAUUUACUGAAUACUGAAUAUAAACAAUAAUCAAAUGUUACGCAAUCGUCAAUUGAUAUUACAACAAAUCUCUGCUAUUGUACAACCACAACGCAGCAAGGGCGGUGGUGGAGGUAGUGCUGGCGGCAAUGCAACGCGACAAAGCAAGAUAUUGGGAAAACUAUUCGGCAAUCGGCUGGCUGGCAGUAAGAAACGUUGGUAUCCUGGACAUGAAGCCAGUUCUGCAAGCGGCUAUCAACCACCCAGUGUGGCCUUUCAGUCAUCUCAAUUUGGGAAAAGCAACACAAACUUAUCGCCCGGCUCCAAACACAAUACACGCCGCAUGGCUGUGCUCAAUAAGCUUUUCAUGACACAUAUAACCGAUCUCCUGGCCUCGGGACAAGUUUCGGAAACGAUUUUGGGACGCAGUCUGCAAGUGACACGUGUGAAAAUCUCACCCGAUUUCUCUUGCAUCAAUGUCUAUUGGCUGGCCGGCGAUAUCGAGAUCGAGAAAGAACUCCAACGUUGCAGCGGUCAACUAAGACAUGAACUCUCCCAACUGCGUCUCAUGGGCGAAGUGCCAAGAAUUAAGUUUGUUCACGAUAAAACGGGCACCAAUCUCGAUCAGGUGGAGGCCAUUUUACGUACUCUAAAUCUGCCCAAAAGAGCAGGCGAUGACAAUGAGGAGGAGGAGCUAAAUGAUAACUACGAUUUAGCCCAGACAUUGCGGCGAGAAUUCUAUGGUCAAGAGGCAGUGAAACCAACAGAGCUCUCAGAGAGAGUCAUGCCUGAAAUGCGGCACGAUGUCUUGGGACUCGAUCAUCGUCUGAUUAUGGACAAAAUUCUAACUAAAAUGCGUAAAUCCAAACAGGCCUGGGAGCAGCAUCAUCAUCAGGAGCAACCACUACAAGCCACUACCACGCCUGCAUCCGAUAAUUGCCCCAGCAGCACCAAUUCCAGUUCAAAGCCCCCGCAAAAUGUCGGUGAAUUUGAAGUGUUCCUGGCUAAACGUCGCCAGCUAAAAUCGACGCCGGAACGCAAGAAAUAUAGACGACAGCAGGAUGAUUGGCAACCGAACAACAGUUCAUAUUCCAGCGACUUUGAUAAUCUUAAAAUCCUAUCACACGAACAGCGACUACGCUAUACUCAAGAGGAUUAUAUCGUAGAGGAGGGGCCAGAGAAGCCCUAAAGAAACUUCCUUUAUGGCUAUUGAUUUAAGUCUAAGAGUUUGUUGUUAAAGUUUUUAAUUCUCCAGGAAUUAUAUCAAAAUACAUACCCAAUAGGGUAAACUAUAACCAUA